AUGGACACCUUGAUGGAUAGACAUCAUGUCGUGACAACCAUUAGUCCUUCUACUGCUGUCACCUGUGCAGCAAAAGGUCCGUUCAUUCAACCAGGAGAAGACAACUUGAUCGUUUGUAAGGGCUCCACCAUUGAAGUAUACACUGUCAUGUUGGAUGGAAUCAAGUCAUUUAUGGAAUUCAACAUUUACGGCACUAUUCGUAACAUGCAAGUGAUUCAAUUAUCUGAUAAGACAACAUGUUCACUCUUUAUCUUGACAGUCCAUCAAUGCUACACUAUACUCACUUACAGCAGCAAGACACAAUCGAUCGUGACAGAAUUCAGUGGUAUGUUGGACAUCACAAGCGCAAGAGAAACCGAUCAGCCUAUUGUUGUAACUGUCGAUACCUCUAGCGAAACACUCUUUGUGAGCGCCUUUACGGGAUACCUGAUUGCAAUACCGUAUGGCAAACCAGAUAGCUCAAUCAAGAUGACGACCAAGAAUCGGGAUAGCAAAGCAUUGAGAUUUAUGCCGAUACCAAUAAGAACCAACGAGUUUGAUUUUUUGUCUGUUGUCACACUCCAACAAGCUUCUUCUGUAUCAGUGCUCGUAGGCGAGCUUGAGGAUCUCAAGACUAUCAAAACCUUCAAAUAUUGUGAGGGGCCAAAAGAGUUGGUGGAGAAGAAGAAUACGACAAUGAAGGUUGAAACAACUACUCAUGCUCUCGUAACUGUUCCAGCACCCCUGGGUGGUAUGCUGGCUAUUGGCGAAUACGUUAUCACGUACUAUGAUCCUUUCAGUAAUACAGUGCGAGAGCUUAGCAUUGAACCUGUUCUUGUUACAGCAUGGGAAUAUCUCAGUGAUGGAUCAAAUCGUUUCCUCCUGGGAGACUCGGAAGGUUAUCUGUACAUGUUCAUCUUGGAGACAGGUCACAAUAAAGUGGUCAAUUUAUCAAGUACUCUUAUUGGACAGGUAGCUCGACCCAAUUGUAUCAUCGACCUUGGCAAUUACAUGUUUUAUAUUGGAUCAACUCAUGGAGAUUCAUGCUUAAUUCAGUUGGUCGACGCGGCAACACCGUCAAAGUACAGUAUUCGUGUCCUCGCAAGUUAUUCCUGUCUGGGGCCCAUUGUAGAUUUCUGCUUAUUUGAUUAUAAUGAACAAGGAAAGCAAACUAUGGCUUGUUGCUCUGGAGUGGAUAACGAUGCAAGUAUAAGGAUAGUGGAGAAUGGCAUAGGAUUCAUUAAGCAAGCUGUGCUCGAUUUUCCACUAGUGUAUAACAUGUGGCCAUUGAAGUUAGAAGAGCAAUCAGAUUCACUCUUGAUCACUACUGCGCUUGAGACCAUCUUGUUAAAGCCACUGAGGGAUGCAGACAAUCAAUUUAUGGAAUACGCCUCAUAUUCUGCCCUUUGUACAAACGAAACAACACUGGCUUCUGGGCUGUGGAAUGACCAUAUCGUGCAAAUUACGCCUUCAUCGGCUCGUUUGAUGACCAAGGAUGAACACGGAACACUACUUGCUGAAUGGAAACCACCAGGAAAUAAGAGUAUUUCAAUGGCCAAGCUUAAAGAAUCUCAUUGCCUUGUUUGUUACGAGGAUGACGUUAUUGUUUACUUGGAAAUUGUAUUUAACACUUUUAUGGAAAGGAGUACAACGCAAGUGAGAGAUACUUCAUGUAUGAGCAUCAGCACAUGUAAAGAAAAUGGAACAGACAACAACUAUGUCGUGAUUGGCACUUUCGGAUCUGGAUCCAACGUACGCCUACUACAAUUACCCGAAUUACAGACGAUCUAUGAAUAUGUAAAUGCACCUAUUACUGCAAGUCCAAAAGAUGUUUUGAUUGUCUUUAUGGAAGGCUUAUUGUAUCUGAUGGUGAUGCUAGGCGACGGACAAAUACUGAGCUACUGUAUAAAGCACUUGGGAUCCGAACGCAUCAUGGUAUAUGACGAGCGACAGAUGAUGGUAAGUACAUACUGUACAGGGAUGUACCCUUAUCAGCAUCAAGGAGAGCAAAAAAUAUUUGUUGCUGGACAGAAACCUUCCGUGAUUUCAAGCUUCAAUCAGACCUUGUUUGUUUAUUCAGUUAAUUUAACGAAUAUUUAUACUCUGACAGCAUUCAAUGAUAUACUUGCAUUAAUGACAGACCAUCAAUUACUGUUUGGAAAAACAGAUGUCGUUUCAAGGCUUCAACAUACAAAAUACGAUAUUCCUGGAGAGAUGCCUCUUCGUGUUGAGUAUUUGUCAAGAACAAAGGCAUUGGCAGUAGGUAGUUCAACCUAUGUACGUGACACCAACAAAAAUGUUAUGGACAGAGCGGGGAAAGUUAGAAUACUGGACGCACAGACCUUCCAAGUGCUUGACACAUAUGAAUUGGCAAAUAAUGAAAUAGUCGAGUCCAUGUGUGUAGCACGGUUUAAAGAAUAUCCGGACAAAGAGUAUUUAUUUGUUGGUACCUUGAUUGAGAACCAGUUGGAUCCAAACAACAACAGUGGACGCAUAUUAGCAUUUACAAUAGAUGUCUUUAAAUGUGAACUGCUUGAUACAAUUGAUAUGCCUGGCGUUAUCUAUCGUAUGGAGGCAGUAGAAAAUACGGUGAUUGCUGCUGUGGAUGGAAAGCUAUAUGGACUUUGUAAAUUACAACCUGAUUUAUUAAAAGGAGAAAGGAUAGAAUUUAAAUUUUUACUGCAUCAUAACGUGGUCGCAUUGGACAUGGACAGCCAAAAGGAUCUCUUGCUAGUAGGUGAUCUGAUGGAAUCCAUGUCAGUGCUCAAGGUCAACAACAACCCAGAUGCACUUGGACUCGAUUUAUUAGCGACAGAUAAUAAGCAAGUAUGGAUAACUGCUGUUAAAUUUAUAAAUGAAGAUGUGAUGAUCGGCGCAGAUGAUAGACAAAACUUAUUUACGAUGGUCAAACCAAGCCCACAAAAUGGUAGGGGCUUGGCCAAACUGGAAUUAGAAGGUGGAUAUCACCUAGGAACACUGGUCAAUCGAUUUAGAAAAGACAUAUUACGAGAUAUUACCUCUGUUCAAGACAAUAUUCCUGUUGUUGCACGCUAUGGUUCAGAAUUUACAUUUGUUACAGUAAAUGGAUCUAUUGGUACAGUUAAGAGUAUAUCCAAAGAAAGCUUUGAAUUUUUCAAGAGUAUACAGGAUGGUAUAUUAAAGAUCUUGCCCAACGUUGGAAAUUUGGACCAUAGUCUGUGGCGAACAUAUAAACCAAAGCAUAAAAUAACGCGUACCAAUGAUAAUUAUCUGGAUGGUGAUAUACUUAAGCUGUAUACACAGAUGAAUUUAAUAGAAAAGCAAAAACUGCUAGAACAAUAUCAGAAUGUGUCUAUAAAAGACCUUGGAGAAUGGAUUCAUCAUUUAAUCUCUUAA